AUGAGUCCAUCGCUUUGCAGAGUAGUUUGGACUUUCGUCGACCAAAAUCAGCCGUGCUUUCUGAAAAAGAAACAACACCUAACUUUCCGCAGAAAUGCUCUUUUCUACUGCUGCUAUAUUGCGAAGCGAGACGUGAGUCAGCCGUCAGUGCCGAAUCUGCUGCUGUUCGGGGAAGUGAAAGCGGAAGCUUUCUUUGAUUCAAAGGAGAACAAGCAACCCACGUCACCUGAUUUUUGUUGGUUGGCCAUGUCGAUGAACGGCGAUGGCCAACAGCAGCCGGGACCAUCGGGUACGGCGCAGUGGUCACAGCCAGCGCUAGCAGACAUUCUGACGGCGCUGCAGAUGCAACUCGCUCGUACCGCCGCAGAGGGCACGAGAGUAAUCGGCCAGUCGAAUGCUCCCGUGCUCUCCGGAGCCUCACCCUUGGUCAACCCUCUUCAACCGCAAAUCAGCACUACUGCGAUUCCAAAUCCGACACCACUUCCCGUAACUCCUGCCCCAAAUCCAUUGCUACAUUCUUAUCAACAGCUUUUGAACCCAGCGUUUCUGGAACUGCAGCGCCAGUUAAUUGCCCAGCAAACUGCACAGUUUCGUCUCCCGCUUCUGCCGACGCAGAUGACAUCAUCGAUGUCCUUGCCGUCACUUCGACAAAUACCAUCAGCGAUGCCACAUGUGUCGAUGCCAGGUGCGGCUGCAGCACUGCCGGCAAGGCCUGUUCCAAGAAAACCAGCUCCUGUAAUGGUGACGGCAUCCAACGUACCAACUUCCACAGCCACUCGAUCGAAUGGCUCCCAAUUCGCGGUUCCGCAAGACCCAGUAUCGAGGAAACCUUCUCUUCCACCAAGUCGUCCAAGCACCUCUUCGGAAGAGAAGGAGAAGACAGCUGUUCGGUCGAGAUCUCCAGAGUUUGAAAUGGGGAAAUUACCUGUCAAAAACUACAUCCCAUCACACUUUAUGAAAGGCACAAUGAUACAGAUGGCAAGUGGGAAGUUGAAAAAGGUAGAAGAGAUGUCCUCGGACGACUUCCUCUUGGCCGCCCCACUGACUCGCGAGUUCAACGUGGAUGCUAGUGUUGUUGUGGAAAUUGCGAAAGCUUCUACCCUUGCACGAGUGAAAUUUGCAGUGGGACAAACGCAGUACGAGGCGACGCUGGAGCCACAAUUGGAGCACCCUUUCUUCGUACUUGGGAAGGGUUGGUGUUCAUGCGAUCCACACCGCACGGCUGAGACAUACGGACUCGAAUGUCAGGAAAUGAAAGUUGGUGAUGUUUGCAUUUCGCUGUCGAGGAGAAGCGAGAGCGAUGCAAAACAGCUCGAUGAGGCAGUAGCACUCCCUGAAGCUGCGGAAGUGAAGGAGAAGGAAGCAGCGCAAGCUGCAAUACGCGAGGAACUAAGCAAGGAGAUGGGUGAAUCAAAUGGUCGUAAUUCGGCUCCGCCGACCCGUUAUCAUCCGUAUUCGAAAAAAAUACGGAAGGUGUCGGAGAGCUGA